AUGGGUACUUUCUACAACGCAUGUUGUUUACUCAAAUAUACAAGGGACAACGGGCCGGACGUAGUAAUGUACAAACCCGAUGAUUUUGACUUUGGGAAGCAAAAGAAGUCAUUUAUUACAUGCGCUUUUCCAGAAACUCAAGAAACAGAUUCAAUAUUUGCAUAUACAAUCAAUAAACAUCUUUGCUUUGCAUGGACUUUCUUACGUGAAGAUCAAUUAUAUUCAAUUGUCGUAGUUACACAUCAUUGUUUUGCAUCUUUGUUUAUUAAUUUCUUUAAAUCCAUGAAACAAUCAUUUACUAUAGAUACACCAGAAGAAAUGUUCGAAUAUACAAUGAUAUUCCUCGGCCAAUGGAAGUAUGACCCUCAAACUGCAAGAUUAUCCGUAGUUUAUCCACAGAAAAACUUUUCAACACUUCUAGACUCAAAUCAUGCUUUUCAUUUACAUUUUGACCCAGUUUCUUUAAUUGGACCUAAAGAAGUCCUCGAAGAUGUCUGGAAUUCAAUAGUUACAGGAAGAGGCGUUCUUUUCGUUGGAGAUACAGCUGAACAAGUUUCUGCAGCUAUAUUCGCUGCAUUAUCGCUAAUAGCACCCGUAAAAUACGCAGAUCCGAUCCUAAUUUACACAAGAUUUGGAGAUCAAAGGUUUGCUGACAUAAUUAACGGCUCUAAAAAGUGGAAAGUUGUAGGAACAACAAAUAUACUUGCAGAAAUGCGUUGCAAGCAAUUCCAUACCGUUGUACAUCUUCCAAAUCAAAAUGUUGCUCCAGCUCCAGAAGUUCGAGAAAUUUUUCAGCGAAGAAUGAACAAAAUAAUCAAAAGAGUUGAGUCCAAACUCAAUAAAAACCUUGAGACAGAUCCAUAUUCCGAUAUCCUUGAAACUCCUUUAACUUAUCCUCAAAUUUUAGAAAUUAUUAAUAGAAUUAAAUUUUCUUCAGCUGAUUUUCAGUUGUUCCAACGAUCUCAGACAUAUAUAGAAUGGAGAAGAAGUAUCCUUGUAAGGCCGUACUUCAGAGACUCUUUAUUGUCUUUUUCUCCUGAUAUCGUAAUUGAAAACAGGCCAGAUGACGAACUACUUAAACUACGUGAUGCCCUUGAGAAGUUACUUGAUAAAGUACAAGGAGAUGAUCAUUUGAUCGCUGUUAUUAACCAACAUAUUAGUAUUGUUGAUAAAAGAUUGCUUUCCGCUGAUCUUCCAACAGAUUUGAAGAUCAAAAAGCCAAAAAUAUAA